CUGCUCCGCUCUGUCUCCUCACAAGUCAAGAUGAGUUACGGAUCUGAAAUCUUCUCCUCCUCCUCUUACCGGCGGAUUUUCGGGGACUCUCCCCGUUUUUCGCUCUCCUCGUCCCGCCCGGCGAUGAGCGCGUCGACCCGCGGCGGUUACCGGUCCUCCUCCCUGUCCAGGAGCAGCGUGGCCUCCUCCCAUGGCAGGAGGUACGGCCGCUCCUUGGCUCCGCUGGAUACGGUGGACCUGACGCAGAGCAGCAUCCUCAACAAUGAGUUCAAGAUCAUCCGCACCAACGAGAAGGAGCAGAUGCAGGGUCUGAACGACCGCUUCGCCGUGUUCAUCGAGAAGGUGCGCAACUUGGAGCAGCACAACAAAGUCCUGGAGACCGAGCUGGUCGCCCUGCGCCAGCGGCAGGCCGAACCGUCCCGCCUGGCCGACCUGUUCCAGCAAGAGAUCCGAGACCUGCGCUCUCAGCUGGACGGCCUGAACGGGGAGAAGUCCCAGCUCCUGAUCGAGCGGGACUGCUACGAAGACGACCUGCAGAAACUCCGGGCCAAAUACGAGGACGAGUUCCGAGCCCGCGAGGAGGCGGAGGCCGCCCUCAAAGCUUUCAAGAAAGAUGUGGACGACGCCACCAUGGUGCGUCUGGAUUUGGAGAAGAAGGUGGAAUCUCUGCUGGACGAGAUCAGCUUCCUAAGAAAGGUACACGAGGAGGAGGUGGCCGAGCUCACGGACAUGAUCCACGCGGCUCAGGUGUCUGUGGAGAUGGAGGUGUCCAAGCCGGACCUCACCUCCGCCCUCAAGGAGAUUCGAAGCCAGUACGAGUCCAUGGCGUCCAAGAACCUGCAGUCCGCCGAGGAAUGGUACAAGAGCAAGUUUGCCGACCUGUCCGAGCAGGCGAACCGGAGCAACGAGGCCAUCCGGGCCGGCAGGGAGGAAAUGAACGAGUACCGGCGGCAGCUGCAGUCCAGAACCAUCGAGAUCGAGAGUCUGAGGGGAACCAACGAGUCUCUGGAAAAGCAGCUGAGAGAGAUGGAGGAAAGGCAGGCGGUGGAGAUCGGAAACUACCAGGAAAGCAUGGCAGAGCUGGAGAAUGAGCUGAGGACCACAAAAAGUGAGAUGGCUCGGCACCUGAGGGAGUACCAGGACUUACUCAACGUGAAGAUGGCACUGGACAUCGAAAUUGCUGCUUACAGGAAACUACUGGAAGGUGAGGAGACCCGCAUUGGGUCGGGUUUGACCUAUUCCACCCCAGCUAUCAGUGGAGGUGCUGGGCAGGGUUUCAGCUACCAGACCCGCAUUUACACCAGCUCUGGCAAGGGCUCCAUAAAGGAGGGCAAGGAUGAGGAUCAGCAGCAAGGCAAGUCCGGAAGCAAGGUAUCUCACCAUGAGGUUUAUGAGGAGACGGUGGUCACCACCAAGAAGAUGGAGAAGCAGCAAGACUCUAGUGAUGUUCCCACCAACCAGAAAAAUUAAGAACCUGUUCACAUCCCAUCAUAAAACAAUCCACUCGCCUUUACACUUGUGGCAUCAAAGAUUAUGUCUCUGCUUUGCCUUAAGCAUCGUAAGCUUGUCAUGUUUCUGAACAUCUGAAAUAUUCAUGUUGGAUGUCCACGAGGGGAUAGAGUGCAGGGAGUGGAGGCUUGUUUUAUGCUGGUUUGUUCUCUCGUGUUCACUUUUUCCUUCACAUAACAACCUGAUUAUAACUCUGCUGUAGCAUCACUCUCAAAAAUGUUAUUCAAUGUUAAACACUCAUAUUAUUUGCAUUUCUGGCAGAAAGUACAAUAAUCAAUAGUUCUGUCACACUUUUUUAGCAAUGUUCCAACAAUGACAUUCU